UAAGCAUCAGAUCGUCCACAGCAUCCUCCACACCAUCUACAUCGACGAGAGCAGCCACAAGCAGUUUCCAGGCUAUGCCAUUUGUCGCACGUAUCUCUGCGUAUCUGAUUGACAAAAUUGACCCGGAGCUGCAUAUUCAGGUGACUAAUGAGAUGACUAGAGUUGCGCUGACGGUGAACUCGAUGGACGAUCUCAUGGGGUAUGUUAUACAAUAUUUAGGCGGUGCUAUUCCUUAUAGCGCGUAUGGUGGUGUCAUACGGAUCAUUAGCUCGAUUGGCGAUAAUUCCGGCGCUAGACAGAGUAGUGCUCAGAGUGGAGAUAUUGGAGGGAGCAGCACCCGUUCUCGUAAUCGGGAUAGAGAUACCCCCGCCGAUGACGAUGGAUGA